CCGGGCCGGCGGCCAUUGCCGGGACUCUAUUUCCCAGCGCGCCCCGCGGCGAGCCCGCCGGAGCUGGGUCUUGGCGCUGCGGCUUGAGGGGAGAGCGCAGUGGGAAGGUCCACAGAGGGCCAGGAGCCAACACAACAUCUCAACCCCUAAAUGAGACAUUAAGUCUGAUCUGUUGCUCUCUGUCUGAAACUUCACUAGGGCGCACUCCUAAUAGAAAUGGCAGAAAAGGUGAAUAACUUCCCACCGCUCCCCAAGUUCAUCCCACUGAAACCAUGUUUCUACCAGAAUUUUGCUGAUGAAAUUCCCAUCGAUUAUCAGUCUCUGGUGAAGAGAAUCUACCACGUAUGGAUCUUUUACUGCAUCACACUAGUAGUGAAUAUCAUUGCGUGCCUGGCAUGGUGGAUCGGAGGAGGCUACGGGGUCAAUUUUGGUCUGGCCAUCCUCUGGCUUAUCCUCUUCAGUCCCUGUGGCUACGUCUGCUGGUUCCGACCUGCCUACAAAGCCUUUCGGUCAGACAGCUCCUUUAAUUUCAUGGCCUUUUUCUUCAUCUUUGGUGCACAGUUCAUCCUCACACUCCUGCAGGCUAUCGGAUUCUCCGGCUGGGGAGCCUGUGGAUGGUUGGCAGCCAUUACUUUCUUCAGCACCAACAUUGCAGCUGCUGUGUUUAUGCUCUUUCCUGCCAUCAUGUUCACGAUGUCAGCGGUUGCGAUGCUCGUCAGCAUUAUAAGGGUACAUAAAAUCUACCGAGGGGCUGGUGGAAGCUUUCAGAAAGCUCAGGAUGAGUGGAACAGCGGCACGUGGAGGAACCCCCCCAGCAGGGAGGCCCAGUACAGCAAUUUUUCUGGGAACAGCCUGCCAGAGUAUCCCACAGUACCCAACUAUCCCCCGGGAAACCAAUGGCCUUAAGCAGCACGAGCUGCAAACUGCCUGGAUUCUCUUCUUUUUGGUCUUUUUUAUUAUUGUUAUUGGAAAAGAUCGUUUGCAUUCCUCCCCAAGCACCCCAGUCACCUUGGGGACUCUUUUGGUUUUUGCCUCCUCAUCUCUGCAGCAGAUAGAUGCUGUCAGCCCCUGCCACCUCCAGAGCACUGCACGGCCUUAUCAGAAAGUCUUUUGUUUGUGUUGAAUUACCAGUAUUUGCCUCGCUGCAGACUGAGGAACCAACCAUUCCCUGUCCUUGCUUGAGGGAAUCCUCUUGUGACCCUAUGUGAAGAGGCUUCACUUCCCCACGAUGGCACACACUAUCACAACUGCUCCUUCUGCCUUCGCUGCUCAGUCUUCAUCAGCUACCGCUACCUGAGUCGUCCUUAACAAAUGCAAUCAGAGCAUUAGUAGCAACUGGUGUUUACUCUCCUGGAUGAAUAAUCUGGAAUUUUUCACUCUAAGGGAAAUGCAACACCUAAAUUAUUUGGUACUAGUGAUAUCGAAGGUAUUGUAAUAUCUACAGCCUCAUUUGUUUGCACACUCUGGUGAAGAAUCCUGUAGAUAACGGUGCUUGCUGUGGGUGAGUGUUGUUCUGAUGGGAAGUCCACAAGAGUCCUCAUUUGCCUGGCUAGGACUAUUGUUAUGCUUAGGAGUCUUGUUUUCUCUGCUGCCAAAAGGAUCUGUAUGCUUCAGAGGUGUAGGUUCAUUUCAUUUGGUUAAUGAUUGCUUGCUAAAAGCCUGAUUCAAAGCCCACUGAACAUUACUGAGAACCUGGCUGAUGCUGGGCUUUGGAGCUGGCUGCCUGGGGGAUGGUCACUCCAUCACAGAUAGGCAGCACAAGAUCUCUGUGCCAUCCCACUUAUGUGGCAUCCAGGUUUUGUGCUGACCCAAGGAAUGCCCUACUAGGCACAUCUUGCUUUGUUGGGACACCCUGUUUUCUGAGCUCCCCCCCAGAUGCAAGAUAAUUGUUGAUCUCAGUGCUGGGCCCCCACUGUGGUUUGGGAAUAAUUCUAUUACAAUGAAUAGUUUGAAUUCUGCCUUCUAUGGAUGUAGUUGAAAUCCAAACACACAGCGGGGUCUGGUAGGCAAAGGAAAGCUUGUUAGUCCUUGUAACUGGUGUUACUGGGCAGACCUGGUCUGUGUCUGUGUAGCCAGCAGCACUUUCCUUCCAUGUAUGAGCAGGGAGAGACUGAUUCUUGCCUUUCUCCAAGAAGCAGCUUGAGAGAGGAUAGAGUUGUUGGCAGGGAUUGUUUUCCCUGAGAGGCAGCAUCCAUCUCAUUGUUCAUCUCUGUUCUGUGCAUGCACAUCAGGACUCCUGGAGUCUGAGCCAUCCAAUUCCCCCGUGUCCUCCAGGCAGCAGAUCCUGCUGCAGUCAGAUCCUGCAGUUUUUUCUUCCCCUUCAACAGCUUGCUGUGAAUUUCUUUUUAUUAUUUUAUUUUUUCAAACAUCAAAACUGGAAGGUCAAUUCCCAAGAUUUUUUUAUAGGAAGUGAGAGUUCAGAGUCUUUGGCUCUGAAAGUUCUGGCCAAUAGUCCUGUAAAGGACACAGUGGUCCAUUGCAGAGGCUUGGGAGGUGUUGGGCACCCCGUGGGUCAGACCCAGAGGCUGCCAACAGGCUGCCAGAGGUGUUGCAGUUACACUGAGUAACUGGAAAACAACCUUGGCUCCUGGAAAGGGCCAGGGAGGUUGUCCUGGCUCAGUGGAACUGAUUUGCAAGUGAUCUUUUGAAAACUGUCUCUCCAUGUGCCUUAUCUAAAGAAUUAAUCGUUCACAAAGCAGCACUCUUCCUUCCCCACUGCCCCUGCACAACUCCCCAAAUGCUCUAUUAACUUUUCCUGUGUCACACUGUAAAUACUGAGUGCAGAACAGCUCGGAGGCUGCGUGACACCUUUGGUACUAGGGCCAAAGUGACCGUGACCCAGAGGGCAGAGCACCAUCACCAUCCUGCUGCAGCCCCUGCCUCAUGCUUGGGGGUUCCAUGAGCUGGGAACACAGCGUGAGGGCUUUUGCCUUGUGAAUGUGCAAUGUGCUUGAAUUUACCAGAACACAACCCGACCCCAUUGUUAAGCUUUUAGGUGCCUUUGUCUUGUGUCAAGCGUGAUUUUCUUUGUUGCUUUGCCAUCAAUGGUAGGAGACCUGCCUGGUGACUAACUCCCUGGAAAUACAAUUGCACUACAGGGGAGCGAGGAGGGUUUAAUGCGGCUCAUUAAACCAAGACUGGCCAUGUCUGGAAGCUGGAACACGGUGCUCCAGAGUGCCAUGCUCCCUCCAGCCCUGCCCCUUGCCAUCCUCAGCCUCUUGCCAAAGUUCUUCAGAAGGAAUUGGUGUCUGUGCUUUUUUAGUGUGUGAGGUUGGAGGUUUCAGAGGAACCAAGCUGAGCAGCAGUGCUGGGGACUCCACAUCCUGCUUCACCUUGGGGUUUUUUCCCCCUUGGUGUUGUUUUGAAGUACCCAUCCCCAGUCAUAUUGAAAAUGCUUGAUGCCAGAGAGGAGCCCACUAAAAUGGUUGGAGCAGAACACCAAACUCGUGCCCCAUUCAUAUACACUGCCAAGAUCUCCACAGAGCUUGGAUGAACCUCUCUGGCUGGGAUCUGCCACCUUUCAUCCCCCCUCCAUCCUCUUCAGUGCCAGGAACUGUAAUUCCAGAAAGCUGACAACACUCUGCCUGAACAUGGCAUAUUUGGGGUGGGUUAGGUUUAUUUUUUCUUUGGGAUUCUGUACAUUUUUAAGUGUUUACAUUAGAUUUCUAACACCAUUAACCUGGACUCCUGGUCGUGCUCGGCGGCACGUGGCGUGUCUGUGUGCGAUGUUUCCUGUCACUUGUGGAGCUCUGAGGUUUGUUUGUGGUUUGUUUUUUUUCUCCUGAUCACAAGACAAUAAAUGCUCAUCCUGUGCUUGAUGAGAAGAACUGGC